AUGAAUCAAUCGUUUCAAUCAAACUCUCGUCGUCACCCAGUUUGGCCCCAUCACUCUAUUAGCGAGAUUUUCGAGGAAAACCGUUUUGAGAUUAUCGUGGUUUUGGUUAAUCUGGUUGCUAAUGGUAAGUAUCACUCGGAAGCUUCCCGUUUCAUCCGAGGGAACGCAUUUGAACGAGAUGAUGAGACCCUCUCGGGUAUCUCGUCGCUUUCCGUUUCUCUCACCGAUACAUCCGGUUUCUUUGCAACGCCAAGUUCUUUGAGUGAAGCGCGUCUUGUCCCGCUCCAUUCCUCCACCACGUCGGGAAACUUUACCGGUUCAGAGACAUCAUACACUUCCGACGAGUACAUUGACUUUGCACUGCCAUCAGACAGUCAGUCGCUCGAUCAGUCAAGUUCGAUCUCUGGAGAGGAAUUAAUGGAAUACGAAAACGAGACUUCAGAUGGUUUCGAG